ACAAGAUGGCGGCGGGGAGAUCAGUCCGGGGAGGAGAGUGAGGGGGCUGGCCGCGGAGCUGCGCCGGCGGGGAGAGGGUCCCGGUGCCGCGCCUGAGGGAAGCGGCCGCCGGGCGGGGGCUGGGCCCGCGCAGGAGCUGGGGAGGAGGCCAGGGCUGCCGCGGAGCCCGCCGCGGGGAUGAGGAGCUGGGCAGACGGGGCAGGGACCGGCCCUCGCCGGUGAGGAGGGUGAGCAGUUGUCCCUGUAUGCGCGCCCGCCGGCUGCCUAUUCGCGCCGCCCCGGGGAGGAGGCGCAGCUCUAGGCUCGGCGGGUCCGCGCCGGUGGCGGCAGCGGCAAGAGGCGUCGAGAAGCCGCGGCGGCGCUGCCGGGCGCGGAGGGGAAGGCGGAGAGGGCUGAGGGUAGCCCAGGAUGGCUGCAGCUUCAUAUGAUCAGUUGUUAAAGCAAGUUGAGGCAUUAAAGAUGGAGAACUCCAAUCUUCGGCAAGAACUAGAGGAUAACUCAAAUCACCUAACAAAACUGGAAACUGAGGCGUCUAAUAUGAAGGAGGUGCUGAAACAGCUACAAGGAAGUAUUGAAGAUGAGGCAAUGGGGUCUUCUGGACAAAUUGACUUACUGGAACGACUUAAAGAACUGAACUUGGAAAGUACCAACUUCCCUGGGGUGAAGUUAAGGCCAAAGAUGUCUGUGCGUUCAUAUGGGAGCCGGGAAGGGUCUGUGUCAAGCCGUUCAGGAGAGUGUAGUCCUGUUCCUAUGGGAUCAUUUCCAAGAAGAGGAUUUAUGAAUGGAAGCAGAGAAAGCACUGGUUAUUUAGAAGAGCUAGAAAAAGAGAGAUCUCUUCUGCUUGCGGAGCUUGAGAAGGAAGAGAAAGAAAAGGACUGGUAUUAUGCCCAGCUUCAGAACCUGACUAAAAGGAUUGAUAGUCUCCCCCUUACUGAAAAUUUCUCCUUGCAAACAGAUAUGACCAGAAGGCAGCUGGAGUAUGAGGCAAGGCAAAUCAGAGCUGCGAUGGAAGAACAAUUAGGUACUUGUCAGGACAUGGAGAAACGAGCACAGGUGAGGGUGGCAAGAAUUCAACAAAUAGAGAAGGACAUUCUUCGUAUACGACAGCUCCUACAAUCACAAGCAGCUGAAGCAGAGAGAACACCUCAAAGCAAGCAUGAUGCAGGUUCCCAUGAUACAGAAAGGCAGAAUGAAGGUCAAGGAGCAGCAGAAAUCAGUGUGGCCACUAGCAGUACCGGUCAGGGUUCUGCUGCUCGAAUGGACCACGAGACAGCCAGUGUUAUGAGCUCUAGUAACAACUAUUCUGUUCCUCGUAGACUGACAAGUCACCUGGGUACCAAGGUAACCGAAGAUUGCAAACCACAGGUGGAAAUGGUGUAUUCAUUGUUAUCAAUGCUUGGUACUCAUGAUAAAGAUGACAUGUCAAGAACAUUGCUAGCCAUGUCUAGCUCCCAAGACAGCUGCAUAGCCAUGCGUCAGUCUGGAUGUCUUCCUCUCCUCAUCCAGCUUUUACAUGGCAACGAUAAAGACUCUGUCUUGUUAGGAAACUCUCGUGGUAGUAAAGAGGCCCGUGCCAGAGCCAGCGCAGCACUGCAUAACAUCAUUCACUCCCAGCCUGAUGACAAACGAGGCAGACGGGAAAUCCGUGUGCUCCAUCUUCUGGAGCAGAUCCGUGCUUACUGUGAAACGUGUUGGGAAUGGCAGGAAGCACAUGAACAAGGCAUGGAUGAAGACAAAAACCCAAUGCCUGCUCCAGUGGAUCAUCAGAUCUGUCCUGCAGUGUGUGUUCUGAUGAAACUUUCAUUUGAUGAAGAACACAGACAUGCAAUGAAUGAACUUGGAGGCUUGCAGGCCAUUGCUGAACUGUUACAGGUGGAUUGUGAAAUGUAUGGACUUACAAAUGAUCACUAUAGUGUUACCUUAAGGAGGUAUGCUGGAAUGGCUCUGACAAACUUGACUUUUGGAGAUGUGGCAAACAAGGCUACAUUAUGUUCUAUGAAAGGCUGCAUGAGAGCUCUUGUAGCCCAACUAAAAUCUGAAAGUGAAGACUUACAGCAGGUCAUUGCAAGUGUGUUGAGGAACUUGUCCUGGCGAGCAGAUGUAAACAGUAAAAAGACUCUAAGAGAAGUUGGAAGUGUGAAAGCAUUGAUGGAAUGUGCUUUAGAAGUUAAGAAGGAAUCCACCCUAAAAAGUGUUCUGAGUGCCUUAUGGAAUUUGUCAGCACAUUGUACUGAGAACAAAGCUGAUAUAUGUGCUGUUGAUGGUGCUCUUGCAUUUCUAGUCAGCACACUGACAUACCGGAGCCAAACAAACACUUUAGCGAUUAUAGAAAGUGGAGGAGGAAUACUAAGAAACGUUUCUAGCUUAAUUGCUACUAAUGAGGACCAUAGGCAAAUCUUGCGAGAGAACAGCUGCUUACAAACCUUGUUACAACACUUGAAGUCACACAGUUUGACAAUAGUCAGUAAUGCAUGUGGGACCCUGUGGAAUCUUUCUGCACGAAAUGCAAAGGAUCAGGAGGCGUUGUGGGACAUGGGAGCAGUCAGCAUGCUGAAAAAUCUCAUCCACUCAAAACACAAAAUGAUAGCCAUGGGUAGUGCUGCAGCUCUAAGAAACCUCAUGGCAAACAGGCCCGCAAAAUAUAAGGAUGCUAACAUUAUGUCUCCAGGAUCAAGCUUACCAUCUCUUCAUGUCCGAAAACAAAAGGCACUGGAAGCAGAAUUAGAUGCUCAGCAUUUAUCAGAGACUUUUGACAACAUUGAUAAUUUAAGCCCAAAAGCAUCUCACCGUAAUAAGCAGAGACAUAAGCAAAAUAUAUACAGUGACUAUGUCUUGGAUUCCAGUCGGCAUGAUGAUGGUAUAUGCAGAUCAGAGAGUUUUAAUGCUGGUAAUAUGACUGUACUUUCGCCAUAUCUAAAUACUACAGUAUUGCCUGGCUCCUCCUCUUCCAGUAGAGGAAACAUAGAAAAUUCUCGAUCUGAGAAAGACAGAAGUCUUGAUAGGGAUCGAGCGGUAGGUUUAAAUACCUAUCAUCCUACUGCAGAGAAUACUGGGAACUCCUCUAAGAGAAUAGGAAUGCAGAUUUCUACCACUGCAGCUCAGAUCGCCAAAGUUAUGGAAGAAGUAACAAGCAUGCAUAUUCCACAAGAAGACAGAAGUUCUGGUUCCACUUCAGAAAUGCACUGUUUGACAGAAGACAGAAAUGCCCCAAGGAGAUCAGCCACUGCCCACACUCACUCAAACACAUACUUUCCUAAACCUGAGAAUUCAAACAGGACAUGUCCUAUCCCGUACACAAAAAUGGAAUACAAGAGAGCUUCAAAUGAUAGUUUAAAUAGUGUCAGCAGCAGUGAUGGCUAUGGUAAAAGAGGCCAAAUGAAACCUUCCAUUGAAUCUUACUCUGAAGAUGAUGAAAGUAAAUUUUGUAGUUAUGGUCAAUAUCCAGCAGACUUGGCACAUAAGAUUCAUAGUGCAAAUCAUAUGGAUGACAAUGACGGAGAGCUAGACACUCCUAUUAAUUAUAGUCUUAAAUACUCAGAUGAACAGUUAAAUUCUGGAAGGCAAAGUCCCUCUCAGAAUGAAAGAUGGGCAAGGCCUAAGCACAUAAUAGAUGAUGAAAUGAAACAAAAUGAACAAAGGCAGUCAAGGAGCCAGAAUGCAACCUACCCCGUGUACACUGAAAGUGGAGAAGAUAAACACAUGAAAUACCAGUCACCUUUUGGACAGCAAGAGUGUGUUUCUUCCUUCAGAUCAAGAGGAUCCAGUGGUUCAGAUCAGAACAGAGUAGGCUCAUCUCUUGGAAUGAAUCAGAAAGUAAACCAGUCCUUGUGCCAGGUUGAUGAUUAUGAUGAUGAUAAGCCAACCAACUAUAGUGAACGUUACUCUGAGGAGGAACAACAGGAAGAAGAAGACAGACCAACUAAUUACAGCAUAAAGUACAAUGAAGAGGAACAUCAUGUCGAUCAGCCUAUUGAUUAUAGUUUAAAAUACUCAACAGAAGUUCCUCCUUCUCAGAAGCCAUCUUUCACUUUUCCGAAGACUUCUUCAGUGCAACACGCUAAAACUGACCAUAUUUCCGCAAGCAGUGGGAGCACAUCGGCCCCCUCAGCUGGUUCAAAGAGACAGAAUCAGCUUCACCCAAAUUCUGCCCAGAACAGAGGUGGUCAUGCACAAAAGACUGCCUCUUGUAAAACUCCCUCUAUUAAUCAGGAAACUAUACAGACUUACUGUGUGGAAGAUACCCCAAUAUGUUUUUCAAGGUGUAGCUCUUUGUCAUCUUUGUCAUCAGCUGAAGAUGAAAUAGGACGUGAUCAAUCCACACGUGUGGCAGAUGCUAAUAACACGCUACAGAUAUCAGAACUAAAGGAGAACAGUGGGUCUCUACCUACAGAAGGUGCAGUAAGUGAAAUCACAUCAACAUCACAACACAUCAGAACAAAAUCCAGUAGACUUCAGACUUCUAGUUUGUCUCCUUCUGAUUCCUCUAGACAUAAAGCUGUUGAAUUUUCUUCAGGUGCCAAAUCUCCCUCAAAGAGUGGUGCACAGACUCCUAAAAGCCCACCAGAACAUUAUGUGCAGGAAACACCACUCAUGUUCAGCAGAUGCACUUCUGUAAGUUCCCUGGAUAGUUUUGAAAGCCGUUCAAUUGCUAGUUCAGUUCAAAGUGAGCCUUGCAGUGGAAUAGUAAGUGGUAUUAUAAGUCCCAGUGACCUUCCAGACAGCCCUGGACAAACAAUGCCUCCAAGCAGAAGUAAAACGCCGCCGCCUGCUCAGGGAGUUCAAGUAAAAAGAGAUGUAGCUAAAGGUAAAGUACCUAGUGCGGAAAAGAGAGAGCCUGGUCCUAGACAGGCAGCUGUAAAUGCAGCUGUCCAAAGAGUUCAGGUACUACCAGAUGCUGAUACACUGUUACAUUUUGCUACAGAAAGCACACCAGAUGGGUUUUCUUGUUCUUCCAGCCUGAGUGCUCUCAGUCUUGAUGAGCCAUUUAUACAGAAAGAUGCAGAGUUAAGAAUAAUGCCUCCAGUUCAUGAAAAUGAACAUGGAAAUGAAGUGGAACCUGAACAGUCAGAUGAUACAAAGGAUAACAAGAAGAAGAAAGCAGAGAAGCCUGCUGAAGCAGAAAAAGACAUUCUGGAUGAUUCUGAUGAUGAUAUUGAAAUACUGGAAGCAUGUAUUAUUUCUGCAAUGCCAACAAAGUCUUCACGUAAAGCCAAAAAGCCUUCUCAAACACCUGCUCCAAAAAUACCUCCUCCUGUAGCCAGAAAGCCUAGCCAGUUGCCAGUUUACAAACUUUUGCCUUCACAAAGCAGAUUGCAGUCCCAGAAGCACGUGAGUUUUACACCAGGAGAUGAUAUGCCACGGGUAUAUUGUGUUGAGGGUACACCAAUAAAUUUUUCAACAGCUACAUCUCUGAGUGAUCUCACAAUAGAAUCUCCCCCAAGUGAGUUGGCCAAUGUAGACAGUGUGGGAAUGGGAGCAGAGUCCAGGGAAUUUGAAAAGCGAGACACCAUUCCUACGGAAGGUACAAGUACCAAUGACUCUCAGAGAGCAAAAAGCUCAACUGUGACUGCCCCAGGCCUGGAUGAAGACAAAACAGAAGAGGGUGAUAUUCUGGCUGAGUGCAUCAACUCAGCUAUGCCAAAAGGAAAAAGUCACAAACCUUUCAGAGUGAAGAAGAUAAUGGAUCAAAUUCAACAAGCAUCUUCAUCUCUAAGUAAUAAAAACCAACCAGAAGGUGAGAAAAAGAAGCCAACGUCACCAGUAAAGCCUGUUCCCCAAAAUAAUGAAUAUAGAACACGUAUAAGAAAAGCCACAGAGCCUAAAAGCAAUGUUAAUAUUGACAGAAGCUAUCCAGAGAACAGAGAUGCAAAGAAACAGAAUCUUAAAAAUAAUUCAAGAGAUUUUAAUGACAAAUUGCCAAAUAAUGAAGAGCGUGUAAGAGGAAGCUUUGCAUUUGAUUCCCCUCAUCAUUACACACCUAUUGAGGGAACUCCGUAUUGUUUUUCACGGAAUGAUUCCCUAAGUUCUUUAGAUUUUGAUGAUGAUGAUGUUGACCUUUCAAGGGAGAAGGCAGAAUUAAGAAAAGGAAAAGAAACAAAGGAAACAGAAACUAAAGGCUGCACUAAUCCAGAACAGUCUUCAAAUCAGCAGCCAAGUAACAGGACACAAGUUUGUCAGAAACACCCAACAGGCAGAAGCCAGCCUAAAACUUUCUCUCAGUCAACUAAAGAUAUUCCAGACAGAGGAGCAGCUACAGAUGAAAAAAUGCAGAAUUUUGCCAUCGAAAACACACCGGUUUGUUUUUCUCGCAAUUCAUCUCUUAGUUCCCUCAGUGAUAUUGAUCAAGAAAACAAUAACAACAAAGAAGGGGAACCUGCAAAACAUACUGAGGCUCCAGAUCCACAGAUGGAAUCAAACAGACCACAGACUUCUGGUUAUGCACCUAAGUCAUUUCAUGUUGAAGAUACUCCUGUAUGUUUCUCCAGAAACAGCUCUCUGAGUUCUCUUAGUAUUGAUUCAGAAGAUGAUCUUUUGCAGGAAUGCAUUAGUUCUGCUAUGCCUAAGAAGAAAAAGCCCUCAAGAAUAAAGAGUGAAAGUGAAAAAAAUAAUUCCAGAAAUACAGGUGGUAUAUUGGCAGAAGAUUUAACGCUGGAUUUGAGGGAGAUACAGAGGCCAGAUUCAGAACAUGGUUUCUCACCUGAUUCAGAGAACUUUGAUUGGAAAGCUAUACAAGAAGGUGCAAAUUCUAUAGUUAGUAGCUUGCAUCAAGCUGCAGCUGCUGCGUCACUGUCUAGGCAAGCUUCAUCAGACUCUGAUUCUAUCCUUUCACUGAAAUCUGGUAUUUCUCUAGGGUCUCCGUUUCAUCUUACCCCAGACCAAGAAGAAAAACCUUUCACUAGUAAUAAAGGUCCAAGAAUUCUUAAGCCAGGAGAGAAGAGUACACUGGAGUCUAAAAAAGUAGAAUCUGAAAGCAGGGGAAUCAAAGGAGGGAAGAAAGUGUAUAAAAGUAUAAUUACAGGAAAAACUCGCUCCAAUUCUGAAGUUUCAAGCCAGCUGAAGCAGCCACAGCAGACAAGUGUGCCUUCAAUUUCACGUGGUAGGACAAUGAUACAUAUUCCAGGAGUUCGAAAUAGUUCUUCAAGUACUAGUCCUGUUUCCAAAAAGGGUCCCCCACUCAAAAACGCAAACUCCAAGAGUCCCAGUGAAGGCCAAAGUCUGACGAGUUCUCCAAGAGGAGUCAAGUCAUCAGUGAAACCUGAGCCAGCUCCUGUAACGAGGCAGCCAUCAGGGUUGAACCAGAGUGUAUCAAGUAAAGGACCUUCUAGGUCAGGGUCUAGAGACUCCACUCCAUCUAGACCUCAACAGCAGCCGUUAAGUAGGCCUCUGCAAUCUCCCGGGCGAAACUCGAUUUCCCCAGGAAGAAAUGGUAUCAGUCCUCCCAACAAACUGUCACAGUUGCCAAGGACAUCAUCUCCUAGCACAGCUUCGACUAAAUCUUCGAGUUCAGCUAGAAUGUCAUAUACAUCACCAGGCAGGCAGAUGAGCCAGCAAAACCUUACAAAGCAAACUGCCUUACCUAAGAGUACCAGUAGUAUUCCACGAAGUGAGUCUGCUUCAAAAGGGUUAAACCAAGCUCUCAGCAGUGGUGGAUCAAACAAAAAGACUGAACUAUCCAGAAUGUCAUCCACAAAAUCUAGCGGAAGUGAAUCUGACAGAUCGGAGAGACCUGUUCUUGUUCGUCAGUCAACUUUUAUUAAAGAAGCUCCAAGCCCAACUCUGAGACGGAAAUUAGAAGAGUCAGCUUCGUUUGAAUCUCUGUCUCCUUCCAGGUCAGAUUCUCCUACAAGGUCGCAACUACAGACCCCAGUUUUAAGUCCGUCUCUUCCAGAUAUGUCUUUAUCCAUUCAUUCAGCUGCCCAGACUAGUGGUUGGCGAAAAUUGCCCUCUAAUCUGAGCCCUUCUGUAGAAUAUGAUGGGAGACCAGCAAAACGUCAUGAUAUAGCUCGUUCUCAUUCUGAGAGUCCUUCUAGAUUGCUGAUCAAUAGAUCGGGAACAUGGAAGCGUGAGCAUAGUAAGCACUCCUCAUCACUUCCUCGUGUAAGCACUUGGCGAAGAACUGGAAGUUCCUCCUCGAUUCUGUCAGCUUCCUCAGAAUCCAGUGAAAAGGCAAAAAGUGAAGAUGAAAAGCAACACGGAAGUUCUCUUUCUGGACACAAGCAAAGUAAAGAAAGCCAAGCACCAGCAAAAGGCACUUGGAGAAAAAUAAAAGAAAACGAAAUUCCUCAGAUAAUGAAUGAUCCUCAGCAUUCUUUCUCUGGUGCCACAAAUGGCUCCGAUUCCAAAACUCUCAUCUAUCAGAUGGCGCCAGCCGUCUCUAAGACAGAGGAUGUGUGGGUGCGGAUAGAGGACUGCCCAAUUAACAAUCCUAGAUCUGGAAGGUCCCCAACUGGAAAUACUCCCCCUGUUAUUGACAGUGUUUCAGAGAAGGGAGGUGUGAAUGGUAAAGAUUCUAAAGAGACGCAAGAAAAACAAACCCCGGGGAAUGGAGGUAUUCCUGUUCGUACCAUUGGUUUAGAAAACCGUCUGAACUCUUUCUUUCAGAUAGAGAGUCCAGACAAGAAAGGCACUGAAACAAAGCCUCUGCAGAAUAAUGCUGUUCCCACACCAGAAAAUAACGAAAGUACUGUAAGCGAGCGUACACCAUUCAGUUCCAGUAGCUCAAGCAAACAUAGCUCCCCUAUCGGUGCUGUUGCAGCAAGAGUGACUCCUUUCAACUACAAUCCAAGCCGCAGGAAGAGUAGUGUGGACAGUAGUUCUGCUCGGCCAUCACAAAUACCAACACCAGUAAAUAACAGCAUGAAGAAACGCGACUCCAAGUCUGAAAAUCCAGACUCCAGUGGAACUCAGAGUCCUAAACGUCAUUCUGGUUCUUACCUGGUAACUUCUGUUUAAGUGCAACAAAAAAUAAACAAAACUGUAUUAAAUACAGCAGCUAUUUAGAAACUGUUUCAGAUGAAACUUAAAGAUUGGGGAUUGAACUUUUUUGUUUUUAUUUGUUGUAAAUAGGUUUGAUUCUUGUUAGAAGGUCCUUGUUCUGGAAGCCAUAUUUGAUAGUAUACUUUGUCUUCACUGGUAAUAUUUUGGAGGAAUACCUGAUUGAGUUUGGAAUAAAAUUGUUAAUGCAAGUAUAUUUGUACAGUAUGUUUAACAUGUAUUUAAUUAGCAUCCCAUCCCAUAAUCCUUUAAAUAUUGCUUGUCGUUGAAAUCAUGGAACAUUGCAGAUAGAGAUGAUAGUCAUAUUGCUUUAUCAAUCAUUUCUAGAUUACAAACUGACUAAACUACAUCAGGGAAGAAUUGCUAUUAUUUAUGCAAAAAAGUAUACUCUGUUCUAGUAUUUGUGAGUCCAUCUAACCCCAUAAUUAAUCAUGUGGCUGUGAAAUUCACAGUAAUAUGGUUUCUGCUGAACAAGCUUUCCCAGCCUGCUUUUCUGCAUGAAUGGAACUGAUGGUUCAUUUUCUGAAGUAAUGAUUAACAUUUCUGUGGUCACAUAAUGUGCAUAGAUAGUUCUGGUGUAACGAUUUACACUUUCUUUGUGCUCUGCAAAAAAAAGAAAAAAAAAGCUGUGUAACUGUAAAACCUUGAACAAAAUUAUUUUACCUGAAUUAGAUUUUAUCUUAAAGUAGGUAGAAUUUUUUUGCUAUGCUGUAACUUGUUGUAUAUUCUGGUAUUUGAGGUGAGAUGGCUGCUCUUUUAUUAAUGAGACAUGGGUGAUGUCUCAACAGAGACUAAAGUGAACAUUUCAGAAUAAAUUAUUACUAUAUGUAAAUUGUGUGUGUUACUUCUGCAUUACAUAAAAAUACAGUAUUUUCUUUUGAGAUGUCACCAUAUAAUGUGUUGUAUAAUGCACUUACACUUAGGGCCUGAUCUAGCAGAAUCUUGCACCUCCAGUAUUUGUUCUUCCUUAGCACUACAAAUGGCUGUUACAGGAUGCUAACGACAGUUGCAGAUCAGGGCCUGCGUCUUCUGUAAUAUAUUUGUAAUUGGGACAGUUUCACACAUCUCAGGUGCAUAACAAGGCUAAAGGCAGGGUAUUUCCAGUAGUCAAGCAGUAUAAUUGUUUUCAUGACUGCAAGCCUGAAACAAUACUGUGUUUAUUAAAAUAAUAUUUGUAAAACGAAAGAUUUGUUUUUUUCAUUGGGAGAAAUAAUAUAGAAUGUGAAAUAGUGACUAUAAGAUGAAAUUUUAAUUCUAUUUGAAAUGUUAAUGCAUUUUUUAAUUUAUUUUUUAAAAAUUAAGGGGAAAAUAUCGCAAGAAUCCCAUGGCAGCAAGACAUUUGUUGUCAUAGUAGAAAAACAGUUUUAUACACAAGCCAGGACAUUUGCUGCCUUGAGCCUUUUUUCAUGCAAAUAUGGUUUGUGCUAGAACAAUGCUGAAAGGACAGAUUUGUGCUUUAAAAAUAUAAAUACAGUCUGAAUUUAGAUGAGAAUUGGUUUAACGUAGAAAUGUGAGACAACAGGAUAUUAACCAUUCUGUGCAUGAUUGAACAAACCAUGAAACAGUAUGUCAAAUUUGUUGCUUAUCGACUGGACUAUUCUAAAGUUAGCUAAGUAAUUGGUAUUCAGGAUUCAAAAUGCUCUGAUUUCAGGAAGCCCUGAAAUAGAUCAUUUUACCAUUAUGGUAGCUUUAACACAGUUGCGAAGUGUAUCACACCUGUGGCUUUUGUACUCCAUCUGAUGGUGAAAAGAAACAAUUUUUAUCUUGAAUUCACUGUAGACAUGCACUGUUUACAAACAGAAUUGAGAUACUGUCAGCAGACAGAAGUCAAUUCAGAUAAAGUUAAAAGCCAAUACCAAAAAUACCUGUUUGGCAGAAGUGUCUUUCUUGGUCUUUUUCUUUGCUUCCUGUCAGAUUUGCUUAGAGAGACGUGCUGUGUUUCUGUAGCAUCUGGUGAAUUAAGCAGCACUCCUCAUGUUAGAUUUUGAAAUAUUUUGUAGAUAGUGUCUUCACAAAACUUCUAAUGUGAAUGUUAGCAUCCUUUUAAAGAUUAAAUAGAGACAGAUUAUAUGAUGUGUUCAAAGUCAGGACUUCCUAUUGGAGCAGCAUACUGAAGUCCAUCUUUUGAGUUUAAAAUGCAAACCCGCUUCUGUGGUCAUGUCACACCAUAUGGAUGUGAUACUUCUUUUAUGCUGGGCUUUUAACUACUAAUAUGAAGAUACACCAUAUAAUCCAAGAUAGUUGUUUAUCACCAGCUUUACAUCUGUUUCCUGUCAAUUUAAGAAUUUAAAUGUAAACUGAAUCUCAGUAAAGAAAUUCUGAUUUCAGUUUUCUAACCAAGGGGAUCUGAAGUUGUGAAACAAUAAGUAGUUGUAUGCGUAUCAAACACCAGAAUGUCUUUGAAAAUUGUAGUGGCUUCUUUAGAUAGUUUUGGAGGUAGUUCAUGACCAUUAUAAUUGGGAAGUCUCUCAAUAUCCUCAUAAGUAACGUAUAUUUGUAGCAAAGACAGAUGAGAAACUUCCCAACUGUAAGGGUAGUGAUACACUAAAAUAUGCUUCCCAUGGAAGUUGUUGCAUUUCCAUUAUAGAAGUUUUAAGAAAAGGUUUAUGAAACAUCUCACAGGGAUAGACUAUAGUAUAUUUCACAUUGCCUGUGUGCAGAGAUGGACUUAAGUGAUCUUUCAAAAUCCUUUCCAGAUCUACAUUUCUCUGAUUCUUUAUCUAAAAUGGUUAGUAUCCACUAAAAGCCUUUUAGAAUAUUUAAGGACAUCUGUGAUGUUUGAUUUUUGUUAGUGAUGGGGAUACAAAGUUAUAUUCUAAGCUUAACUAUAAAAACAGAUUCCAGAAAUAUAAUUUUUUUUAAAAAAUGGCUGCAAUAAGUAUAUUUGGUCUUGGAUUUUGUUAAUGAUGCCUAGAUCCAGGACAGUCAGAUUUGAUUUAUGCUGCUGAAGAUUUACAGUUGUUCUUGUUUUUAUUUUUAUGAAGUUGCCACAGCAGGUGAAAGGACAUUAUUUAUGUCAAGGCAAAACAUAAGCAAGGAGCUAAGGAAACCAAGGCUCAUUUUACUGUUCUGGGAUGUGCUGCCUUUCUUUCCUCAGAUUUUGGUAGAACUUCUGUGACUUGUGCUCAGACUUUUAUUUGUCCUUGAAUUAGCUUAUCAUAUCCAAAACAUAUCAAACUUGUAAUUAAAAUUGAGUUUAUACUGAAAAUACACUCAUAAAGCUCACUUCAGACUGACACAUCUUUGUCCUCUUGAUGUGAAACGCAGAAAUUUGACCUUCUCACAAAUUGUAAUUAGUUCACUUUUCAAAAUGUACAUUCAUUUAGUUUCUUGCAGUGUGUUCCAGUUAAAGUUAUUGCUGAAAGUUCUUCUGACUAAAUAUUGCAAAUGUUAAAGGGGAACUAAUCUAUUUCUGUUUUUCACGCGCAGUUCUCUGUCGAGAGUAUUUUCCCCUGAAACCUUAAAGAUAUUCUCAGAACUCUGUCAGAGAUGACAACUUAAAAAUUGAAAGCCUUUGCUAGGAUUUCCUGAUGAGAUUGGAAUAUUAUUUCAAGCAGGAUUUGGCUGCAGAAUACGAGUAUAGUUUCUGCUAUGAACUUGAGUAAGGAACAGCAUCCUUCAGCAUAGACUAGUAUGUUUAAUGGCUUUGAGAAGUUAGUUGCUGUCUUGGGUAAAGGGGGAGGGAAAGAAAAGGGACAGUUUCAGAGACUUUAAGCCAUACUAUUCUAGAGACAUACUUCCCUGUCUUCCCCAGUAAAUGGCAUAAGAUGCACAGGAGACAGAACACUUUGACCGUGAAUUAAUGAGGGUUUAUUUUGAAAGUAUACCGGUAGACCAUGAAACAGCAAAACUUCUGUUUGAUAAUGUGACAGCUGAAUUUGACAGUUGCUUUGGAGUACUUCCUAACUGUCUGUCCUCUCAUCCCCCUUAACAGAAAUUGAGAUUACCAAGAAGAUAGCUGUGUAUUAUCUUCUUCAUUCUUCUUAAGGAUGAAGAUCCAUAUUAUUUCUAGAAUCGAAGAAACAGCCUGCAGUAUUGAAAGUUUUCUUCCUUCCAUGCUCAUGGCUGUGAAUCCUGGCUCUCAACUGACCUUUCAGUGGACUAGUUCACAUGUUACCUAGCUAGCAGAACUGAUGGGAGGAAUAGGGUUAGUGCUGCAUUUAGCAUUCUGAAUUUGCUCGACAAGUGCCACUGGAGCCAGCAGAAAAGAAAAUAAAAGCUAGGGCUGGUAGGUAGAGGUUGGGAUAGCUUCCUUUAUGUGGGCAGUCAGUGGGUUGGAUCAAGCCAUAGAGGCAAUAUUAAGCCAAUAUGCCAAGUUUUAAACCUGUUCUUCACCCUUUCUGAGAGAGCAAAGGCAAAUUAGAGUUGAGGGAUUUUUACUCUUGUUCACUCUGACCUUCUGCCUAAUGGCCCCUAGUGCUUUGCAUUUAAGUAUGUCAUGUUGGGGUAAGUCCUUUAUCCUGGAAAUUCUGACAACUAACCAGAAGUAUUGCAUCAGUCUAUAGUUUGCGCUUGUGGAAAAUAAAUUUUUCCUAAAUGAAAAAAAUGCAAAGAACACAUUUUCCUACCAUAUGUAAGAUUCUAGGUGACAAUUUUAAAAUUUCUAAUGUUAAAUUCAAUGCAGUAAACCCUUCCAGUAAAAAUUUAUUGCAGCUAGUUGUUUCUAGAAGAGGCUUGAAGAGGGAGAGAACAUCUCCCUUCCCUAAUGAAGACAGUACUACUGGUAGGGAUGAUCUGGAAAAUGUUCAGGUGGACUUCUACAAGCUCUUCUAUUCUGUCAUUACCAGAUGCCUCACAGACUUGGCUUUUCUCAUCUAGCUUUCAGUAAAUAGUAUGAACAGCCAUAAGUGUCACUAACAAUCGUGUAGACUUCCACCUAAACAUAACCUCAUGCAUCUACUGUAAUUCCUUGCAAAGUUGCAUCUGCCUGUCUGACAGCUUUUUUCUUGAUGAGAUGUGUGAUGGAUUAAGCUGCAAAUCGGAAGUGAAGUGUCAGUUAAUAUGAAGCAUGGCUUCCUCCACAUGCUUAAAUCUUCAAGGACCUUCUUAAUACCAAAUUACCCAAAUGUAUUCACUCUCUGGUUCCACAGCCAUGUCCUUUGCACUUUUACAUUUAACCAGAAGAGAUGCCCAUGCUUCUAUUUUCAUUUCAAAUCACAUGUAGAAAUAUGCUUCCUGCUUCAUAGUUUCCUAUAUGCAGAAUAAUAGAUUGUAUCUUUAAAUGUGUUUAUAGAGAAUGUUACGUAGUUAAGGUUGAGUUUUUAGUCAGAAUGGUAAGUUAACUGGUUACGUGUUGUGUUUUGUUACUUAUUGGAAGUGCAAGGGGAUUUGUUGUGGUGCAGAAGAGCUUAAGAGCUCACAACAGUAAUUAAUGCAGGUGUCAAUUUUUGAUGCCAAUGUUAAUAUAAAAUAUGUAUUUAAUACAUAGGUUUUCUGUUGUCAACUUUUCAGUUUACCAGAUGUGCUGUUUACUUACUGGGUAAUGCUUCCCUAGCAUAGUUCUGCAAAUUACCUUUCUUAGGAAAUUUCCACACAGUUACAGGCUUACAUAUUUAUGAAUUUCUGCCACUUCAAGAUUUCAGGAAAUUAUUCUAAUUUUGCGGUUUGUGAAAGCAUCCUUUGCUUGAGUGGCUGUGGAAUUGCAGUUAGGAUAUCAGGAGGAUGCAGAGGGAGCUUCUCACUCAGUAAAACGCACUUCUGUCCAGAUCUCGAGCCAUAUGUACAAACAGUAUCUCUAAUGCCCUACUUUUUGGUGGGAUUUAACAUGCAUAAAGCUUGUGCUGGUUCUUUGCAGGUAAUUAAAUUGUCAUCCUCUGAGAUCAGAUGCAUUUUCCCACCUGUAAGUGUUGUUUCUCUUGAACAAUCUCAGCCCACAGUUCCCUUCAGUUUUGUUGUUUGCUUCUGCCUGAGAUGCAUUACUGUUUAUAUCCUAACUCUGUAAUUCUUUCUUCAACUAUUCUAAUGUAUUUUGUUUCACAGUAUACAUAUUCUGAAUUUAGUCUUGCUAUGCAUAAUUUAUUUAUUCCUUGCAGUGUUAUAUAAAAUUUCCUCCUGGUUGCACCUUG